GAGGGGUACUGCGUGCUUAUGAUCGCAGGUUUUUAAAGUCAGUGCUUGAAAGAAGAAACGAAACCUGGGCAAGAUUCAGUGAGACCCGGCCGGAAGUCGUGGUAUCCAUAGACACGCUAUCGGAAAUUGGGGUUGCUAGGAGGCCUGGGCGCGUCGGCUAGUCUGCGUCACGGUUGAAGUCCCAGAAGGUUACGAUUCCGGCCCCGGUGAAGAUGAAGACCUGCAGCCUGAGAGACCAAAACUUCAGUCUCUUAAGGUGACUGAAGAUGUCGAACCAGGCAGCAUGGAAGAGACAGGGCCAGAGCUGCCUGUAGGGACUGACCAAGAGCCCCAACCAGAGACGCAAGAAGAGGGCUUCAAAGAGGAGACACCGGCGAGUGCUAAGAAUAUACACCUACGUCUGAAACCCACCUGGACGUCCGAGGAAGAGGCUCCCCAAAAGUCCAAGACAGACAUUUCUAGCGAGAUUGAGCUAGGGAUUCCCAAAGAGGUAAAGUCGGAGACAUCCAGACAGAUAGAAGUAGAGCUUUUCAAGGAUUUGGAGGUCCUUGUGGACGAAAAGCAUGGGGAGCCAGAGGAGGAAGCCAAACCAGAUGUCACAGAGGAUAUGCUCAUAGAGGCAGCUAAGGAAACAGAUCUAGAGCUACGAAAGGAAGCCGAGUCUGAGGUUCCAGGGGCCACAAUCAGUGAGACAAGAUUAGAGUUAGUAGAGGGGACCAAACUAGAGGUUUGGGAGGAGUCACUUAGAGAGCAACAUGGAAAGACGGGUCUGGAACCUACAGAGCAGACCAAACCGGAAUUUCCAAGUGAGAAACUAAGAAGAUCAAUUGAAGAGGCAGAUCUUCAGCCACCAAAGAUGACCACACCAGAGAUUCCAGAGGAGACACAAAGUAAGUCACCUGAGGAGAAAAGGACAGAGCCACAUGAGCAGGCCAUACCAGAGUUUCCAGAAGAGAAACCAAGUAUGUCUACUGAGGAGACACAAAGAAAGUCAACUGCAGAGAAAGUUCUAGAGCCACCAGAGGACACCAAAUCUCCAGAUCAAAAAGAUAAGCAGAAAAAAUCAACUGAGGAGACAGGUCUAGCACCAUCACAGAAGUCCAGAUCAGAGGAGACACUAAGAGAGUCAACUGAGGAGCAAGUUCCAGAGCCACCAGAACAGACUAAACCAGAGUUUCCAAAGAAAGAACCGAGAAAGUCAACUGAAGAAACAGGUCAGGUGCCACCACAGAAGAUCAUACCAGAGGUGCAAGAGAAGACACAAACAGAGCCAACUAAGAAGAUAGAUUCAGAGUUACCAUAUAAAGCCAAACCACUACUUAGAAUAGAGACAUGUGUAGAAUUUGCCAAGGAAGAUAGGCCAGAACCAAUCAGACUUAAGUGUUCUGUAGACAGAGAUGAGCCAGAGUACUCUGACUAUCAAACAAGAAAGUUGUUAGUAAAAGAAACUAAAGACGUUUCAAAAGACUCUGUGUUAGAGUCUCUUCCAAUAAGUGAAGUAGACUCAGUGAAUAUAGAUUAUGAGUUUUCUAAAGAACUCCAAAAUCUGUUUCAGUUUUCUGAUACCAAUUAUGAAUUCUACUCAUAUUACUCUGAGUCUCAGAGGGAUUUAAAAGAGUCCUCUAAUGAAAAGAAAGAUCUGUCCCCAGAGUCAGUGACACUGGUACCUAAAGAUAAAGAAACGCAGCCAAAAAAAAGUACUGACCUACAAUUUGAGUAUCUUGAAUGGAGCCCAGAGAAAGUUGCAGAGUGGAUUUGCCAGCUAGGCUUCCCUCAAUACAAGGAGUGUUUUACCACAAACUUCAUCAGUGGCCGAAAACUCAUCCACGUAAACUGCUCAAACCUCCCUCAGAUGGGUAUAACAGAUUUCGAGGACAUGAAGGUAAUUUCUCAGCAUACCCGGGAGCUACUGGGAAUUGAAGAGCCAUUAUUCACACGCUCCAUCAGCCUUCCCUACAGGGACAAUAUUGGCUUAUUUUUAGAGCAAAAAUGUCAUAGUGGAGUUAAAUCUGAUUCCUUGACCUUGUCUGAAUUUGUGCAAGCAGUGGGAUUACAGGAUUAUGCUCCAGAAAUAACCACCCCUGAAGAGGAUGCAGCAUUAUAUUCCAUUGAACCAUAGGGCAAGCCGUUCACUUAGCUUGAAAAUCAAAUUAAAUUAUGUGGGGGAAGAAGUGUAGUAUUUCUGCAUUUUCUUUUUCUCUUCAUUCAGGAUCAGAGUAAGAACUGCUGGCUCCAUUCCUAGUUCUGCCACUGACUCACAGCACCUUCCCUUUAUUUGUGUGUCAAUUUAGUCCCUUGUUAAAACAAAGAUAGCAAUAUUUCUCUUUCUGGGUAAUUGUAAGAAUUCCUGAUAAAUUCUAGUACUUCAUCUGGUAGUAGGAGCACGAUGGAGAAACAGACUAAAAGUAAAAUCACCUGCCAACCCAGAUAAUCCUCUUCAUAAGUGCAGACAAGGAAACAGUUGUAUUAUUGAAUCAGCAUAAAAUCAGACUGUGAUGCACAUUACAGGCAGGCCACUAAAGAGAUUGCCAAGACAAGGAAAUCUUACCCUUCUAUAUAGCCAGGCAGAUAUAAUCCAUUAUUUACAUGUUGACUGUCUGUAUCCAAAGGAAAAAUAAAAGUUCUCAUAUCUUAGUGACAAACAGAAAGUUACUCCCUGGAGCCAAGCACUUAGGCUAAACCCCCAGCAUCAGGGAGACAAAGCGCCAUCCUUCUAAACGCCCGCAUUUCAAAGAGGCGGCUCCAAGGGCCCCUCCCCCAAAAGACGGUCCUGGGAUGGAAAACUGGCAGAAAGUUUAUUCACCUUUUUAGAAGAGGAGCAUACAUCUCAAAAACAGAGAAAAAGGAUUUAUAUUACAAGUUUUUAAAAGGAAAUGUGUUAUGCUGUUGGUGGGAAUGUAAAUUGAUACAGCC